GGCCCUGCCGCCGUCGGUGUUUGUGUCCGUGGGCACGCAGAUCCGCAAAAACGUCUAUGAUGGGUCGUGCACCAACCGGGUGGUCAUCGAGAAGCCAUUUGGCCACGAUCUGGAGUCCAGCCGGGCGCUCAGCAAGUCCAUCGGGGCCCUGUUCGCUGAGGACGAGAUCUACCGCAUCGACCACUACUUGGGCAAGGAGAUGGUGAAGAACAUCCUGGCCCUGCGCUUUGCCAAUGUAUUCUACGAGGCUGUGUGGGAUCGCCGCCACAUCUCCAAUGUGCAGAUCACCUUCAAGGAGCCCUUUGGCACGGAGGGCCGCGGUGGCUACUUUGACGAGUUUGGCAUCAUCCGCGACGUCAUGCAGAACCAUCUGCUGCAGGUACUGAGCAUUGUGGCCAUGCACCCGCCCAAGUCGCUGCGCUCCGAGGAUAUUCGCGACCGCAAAACCGAGGUACUGCGCCGCAUCCUGCCGAUCCAGCUUGAGGACACACUGCUCGGCCAGUACGUGGGCACACGCGACAGCAACAGGCCUGGGUACAAGGACGACGAGACUGUGCCCAAGUCUUCCAUCACGCCGACAUACGCGCAAUGCGUCUUGCAUGUGGACAACGACCGGUGGCGUGGCGUCCCCUGGGUCAUCAAGGCUGGCAAGGCGCUGGAUGAGGCCAAGAUGAUCAUCCGCAUCCAGUUCAAGGACAUGGUCAACGCGCUAUUCCCCAACCUGGCUCGCAAUGAGCUCAUUCUGCAGGUCAGCCCCAAAGAGUCCGUGACGAUCAAGACCAUCGUCAAGGAGCCCGGGCUCUCCACCAACCUGGCCAUGUCCGAGCUCGACCUCACUUACCACAAGCGCUAUCAGGACCUCAAGAUCCCCGACGCUUACGCUACGCUGAUCCUGGACGUACUCAACGGCGAUCACUCCAACUUUGUGCGCAGCGACGAGCUCGACGAGGCGUGGCGCAUCUUCACACCACUGCUUCAUCAGAUUGAAAAGGAGGAGGUCGUGCCUCUUCCCUACGAGUACGGCUCGACAGGCCCCAAGGGUGCCGAUGAGUUCCCCACAGAGCGGGCCGGAUACAAGCCCACGGCUAAGGAGUACCACUGGGAGCCCAAGACCGCAGCCAACGGCGGCAAGCUUUAAAAAACCCCAGAUGAUAAAAUCCCAGAAUGCAGAAUUUUCAUUCUGGCAUGCCACAUGUCUUUGAUAAAUACUGGUAUUUUUUUAAAAAAAAUGUUUGAUGUAAUAUCCCGUAAAUACGGGAUGCGUGCACAUGCGUGCACAUGCAUGCAAUUGUUAUUUAAUAGCGAAAAGCCAAUUACCGCCAGGAAAAUCGCUAGCUUGUCCGAACAAAAAAGAGAUUGUUCACGACCGGAUUGGCUGGUUUGCAUGUCUUUCGGCGUCCGAAAAAAGAGAGAGAAGAAAACAAAAUAGGACGGGCGAACAAUGCAGCGGCAGAAGUGAUAGAUUGGAUGCGUUUGCGACAUUUGCAUUCUGGAAGGCUCAUCCAAGCAUUUUUCUUUUGACACAGCACAGCACAGCACAGCACAGCACAACCGACGAAUAGCAGGCAGCGGUCAACAUGAGAAAGAACAACACCA